UGAGGUCGCAAGAGAUUAAGGGUAUAUAAGACAAACGCGAAAUAGCCCAGACAGCACUUGCUCCAAAAUGAAGGUCUUGCUGGUGACUGCACUGGUGGCUGUUAGUGUCGCAGCCGCCUUGCCCGGAUUCAUGUUAGAUGAACCGGAUGGGGUUUCGAAGUACCAGAAGCAACAUGAUGUAAAUUACGCAUUCUACAAGAUCUUCGAGCCUCUCCGCGAGGACAACCUCAUUGAUAAAGCAGCAACAUUCAACCCAGUAGCAGAUGUGGCCAUGUACAAAGACAAUGGAGUUGCAGUCAAGCACCUCAUGUACGAGCUCACAAAUGGCCGUCUGCUGGAGAAGAAACACUGGGCUGUCGCCACCAACAAACGCCAUCUGGAGGAAGCAAUCAUGCUUUUCGAGGUGUUCAUGCAGUGCAAAGACUGGAACUGUGUCGCGAGCAACGGGGCUUACUUUAGGGAGCGAGUCAAUGAAGAGGAAUUUAUCUAUGCUGCUUAUCAUGCCAUCAAGCACUCACCCCUCACUCAACACGUCGUUCUACCAGCCAUGUACGAAGUAAAGCCACAUCACUUCACCAAGACCCAGGUCAUCGAGAAAGCUUACGAGGCCAAAGAGAUGAAAUUGCGCAAUGUGUAUUUCCAAAACAACUUCACUGGUCAACCUAAUGACAUUGAGCAGAGAGUUGCCUACUUCCGAGAGGACAUUGGCGUCGGCACGCACCACCUGAUGAUUCAUUUGGAGAAUCCAUUCUGGUGGAAAGACACCUAUGGCUACCACAUUGACAGGAAGGGAGAGAACUUCUUCUACGCUUACCACCAGCUCCUCAACCGUUACGAGUCUGAGCGCAUCUCCAAUCACCUGCCUCCUCUCCAGGAGCUGAAGCUCGAUGAGCCCCUAGAAGAGGGAUUUUCUCCACAGACCACCUACAAGUUCGGUGCUCCCUUCCCAAUUCGCAAUGAUGAUAUCCACCUCCAUGACGUACAAAAGGUAGGCAAAAUUCACGAAAUCGUCCACAUGGAAGACCGCAUCCACGACGCCAUUGCUCAUGGAUAUGUGGAGGAUGAACAGGGAAGAAAGAUAAGUAUCGAAAACGACGACGGAAUUAACAUCUUGGGUGACAUCAUCCAGUCCUCCAUGUACAGCCCCAACCGCAAGUAUUACGGCAAUCUCACCACUCUAGCCUACACCAUGCUCGACCACCAGACCGAUCCCAAGAACAAGUACGACACUCCACCCGGUGUGCUGGCACACUUGGAGACACUCCCACGUGACCCUGCUGCGUGGAGACUGCACAAAAGAAUCGACAACAUUUUCAGGGAACACAUUGACUCUCUUCCUCCUUACACCAAGGAGCAACUCGAAUUCCCAGGAAUAACUGUCACCAACGUUCAAAUCCAAGGUAAUCUUGAAACAUACUUUGAGGAGUACAAAUACGACCUCAUCAACGCUUUCAAUGACAACACUACGCAGACGGAAUUCUACGACAUUUAUGCCACAAUGCCUCGUCUCAAUCACAAGGAAUUUUCAUACAAGAUCAAUGUGCAAAACAACGGUUCUCCCAAGAAGUCCGUUAUUCGCAUUCUAGCUAUGCCCUACCGCGACGGCAACGGUGCCAUCAUCCCAUUCGACGAGGGCCGCUGGCUUGCCAUUGAGAUGGAUCUAUUUGUCAAGACCUUGAAUUCUGGCAACAAUGAGAUCACCCGGAAGAGCUCAGAGUCUUCUAUCACUGUACCUGAUGUUCCAACCUACAAGACUCUUGUUGAGAUGACUGAAAACCGUGAGAAUCUUGAGAAGUUCGAGAGUGCCACUGGUAUUCCCAACAGGUUGCUUCUGCCCAAAGGUAACAAGGAGGGCGUAGAGUUCAGGUUAUUGGUGGCUGUCAGUGAUGCUGCAAAGGACGUCAACGAUGAGAGCAUCAUUACUAUGAACAAGUACCACCAUUACGGCGUGCACGGCGUCCAGCCUGACAAGAGGCCUUUUGGUUACCCGUUGGACCGUCGUGUUCCGGAUGAACACAUCGUUGAAGAGGUUUCCAACAUCAAGGAGACCAUGGUCAAGGUCUAUAACCACGAUGUCUUCAUUCCCCUGCCUCACCACUAGAUCUUUAACAGUUAUAAUCAUGUCACAUUGAACUAAACUUGCCUCAUGAUAUUGACACCGAUGUUAUAUACUGACACUGCAUUCAAAAGAACCUCGUUUUCAAAAGUCUUUUCCUUCAUCCUUUGUAUCUUAAAAGUAUUUCAAUAAACAAUUGACAAAUUA